AUGGCUUCAACCACUCCCGUCAAACCAGGCCUGAAGACGGUUUUGGUCACAGGCUGCAGCUCCGAUGGCAUAGGCUACGCCCUGGCAGAGGCCUUUGCCGACUCGGGAUACCAUGUGUUUGCCACGGCUCGCGACUUGUCCAAGGCCAAGGACCUGGAAAAACACCCGUCGGGCAACAUUCAACUCAUGCAGCUGGACGUCACCUCGCCCGAGUCAAUCAAAGCCUGCGUCGGCGCCGUGGGCCUCGCAACGGAGGACCGGGGACUCGACGUGUUGGUCAACAAUGCGGGCGCGGUCCAGACGAUGCCGCUGCUGGACGUGGACUUGGCCAAGGCCCGCCAGCUAUACGACGUCAACGUCUGGGGUUUGUUGGCGGUCGCGCAGGGCUUUGCCGACUUGCUUAUCAAGGCGGGCGGGGUGCUGCUGAACGUUGCGUCCAUUGCUGCUUGUGUCACUCAGUCUUGGCAAGGCAUCUACAACAGCUCCAAAGCAGCCGUCACCAUGCUGUCGGAGACGCUGCGCCUCGAGAUGGCACCCUUGGGCGUGCGUGUCAUAACGGCCAUGGUGGGCGUGGUCGGGACAAAGAUUUUCGUCAACAGCGGCGAGUUCGUCCUCCCGCCCGGGUCGCGAUACAAGUCGGUCGAGAAGGAGAUAGGGAAGCAGUCGCGUGGGGAGGAGCUCUUUGGCCACAUGGACACCAAGACGGUUGCGAAAAGGCUGCUCGGCGACGUUACUGCUGGGAGGAGCGGAAUGGUGUGGCGUGGCGGCUUGGCCACUACGACGGGGUACUUGUCGUGGUUGCUGCCUACUUGGCUACUGGACUGGGCUGGGAACUCAAUGACUGGAGUUUACAAGGUGAAGGCAUAG